AUGGGAAAGAAAAAAGGCAAGAAUAAGGCCAAGAACCAACCUGAGAUCGUCGAUGAGGGUAUCAUUUACCCAGCACAGAGAGUGAUGCUACAGAUCGAGAACUCCAAUAGUUAUGGCCUUAGUAUCGACAACAACAUGAUUUUUAAUACUUAUAUUAAAAACACUCUGAUAAACUUAAAAUUCCUCAAAAUUAACCAAACGAUCAAAAUUUGUGUUUAUGGAGAAAACCUUCCUUGUAAAGUAAUCAGGGCUGAGUCAAAAAUUCCUAUUUUGACUGAGGAAGAACUUGCUGAGAAGCUCAAGUCAGAGGAAACUGAAGAGUCUAAAGAGGAUAUAUCAGCUGAGAUGGAGGAGAAGCUGACUCUUGAAGAAUCCAAACAAGAGCUUCCGCAUUUAUAUUGUGUUGAAAAAGACACUAAAAUCAAGCUCUACAUUGAACAAGAUGAUGAAGAUGAAACUGUCUCAGUCAAAGAGAUGAUUGAACUCACUCAAAAAUACAAGCUUGAUUUUGAUGGCCAACAGCCUAUUGUGUUAGGAGAAAUUGAGGAUAAAUUCAAUUGUCUUCAAGAGCUUAUCAAACUCAGAAAGAAGGUAUCAUGCAAAUCAAAGGAGUCAUUUUAGGCAAGUCCAGGCAUAUAAUCUCUAGAUGGUCCUUCUGGUACAGGAAAAACUACUUUCAUGCAAAUGGUGUCACAAAGAAUUGAGUAUCCGAUUUUUGGCCUCACUGCUACUCAGAUGGGAAUGAAUAAGGCAGAUGAGAUCAAAGACCUGUUCACAAUUGCGAAGAAUAGCUCUCCUUCCAUCAUCUUUAUUGAUGAAAUAGAUGGUAUCUCUGAUGAGAAGAAUGAUGAGACAGCUAUUUUGCUAACUAAGCUGAUAGAUCGGAUCAAAUGGGUCGAUAAGAUCCUCAUAGUUGCUGCUACAAACAAUCCAAGUAGUGUCAACAAGUUCUUUAAGAGAACUGGAAGGCUCGACUCUGAAAUCAAAUUUGACGCCCCUACUUCUGAAGGUCGAUAUGAGAUCUUCAGGCAGUACUUUGAUAAAUGUCAGAGUGACCUUAGCGAAGAAGAGGUCAAGUCUUUAGCAAUAGCCUCUAGUGGGUUUGUGGGGUCUGAUAUAGCUUCUUCGAUCAGAGAUGCUUAUAUUAGAGCUAUGAGAAGGAUAGACCCUUUGUCUAUGGAACUUCCUAAAAUUCAGAAGAUUGAUAUAGAAGGAGCUAUCUUAGAUGCUAAGCCAAGUAAUAUCAAAGACCUUAUCGCAACAGUUCCCCAAGUUUAUUGGGAAGAUAUAGGUGGAAAUGCUAAAAUUAAAAAGCAGUUGAUCGAAUGUGUUGAAUGGCCUUUGAAAUACCCAGAAUCUUUCAAGAGAAUAGGAAUUAAAGCCCCUCAGGGAAUUCUUUUGUACGGGCCUCCUGGGUGCUCUAAAACUUUGAUGGCAAAAGCACUAGCUACUGAAAGCAAGCUCAAUUUUAUAUCAAUUAAAGGACCAGAGUUGUUCAGUAAAUAUGUUGGAGAUACUGAGAAAGCUAUCAGAGAAAUAUUCAGAAAAGCCAGGAUUUCUUCUCCAUGCAUCAUAUUCUUCGACGAAAUAGAUGCUAUGGCUAGUGCAAGAGGAGACGAUGACACCAGCGUAGGCGAUAGAGCCCUCUGCCAAUUGCUGACUGAAAUGGAUGGAAUAGAGGAAAAGUCACAAGUCAUUGUAAUCGCUGCUACUAAUAGACUUGAUAUCCUCGAUAAAGCUAUUCUCCGCCCUGGCAGAUUUGAUAGACAUAUUGAGAUUCCAUUCCCUGAUGAUGAAGGAAAGCUUGAAAUCCUCGAAAUCGGGUGUAGAGAUAUGCCCCUUGCCGAAGAUGUGGACUUAACAGCUAUUGCUAAGAGGACUACCUUCUUCUCAGGUGCUGAUAUCGCCCUUGUCUGAAGAGAAGCAGGUCUCCUCGCCAUCAGAGAAGACAUAGAAACCAAGGAGGUAAAAAUGUGCCACUUUGAAGAAGCAUUGCAAUCAGUUAAAACACGUAAAAGAUAAAAUAUCUUCCAAUG